UGAUCCUGCCGGCGGACUACAUGACCAUUGGACAGGAUAUCUUGGAUAUGGAGGUCCAUGACACCGAUGUCUGGAUGUGCUCUUAUCCGAGAACUGGCUCAACAUGGGCUCAGGAAAUGGUCUGGCUCAUUGGACACGAUUUAGACUACGAGGGAGCUAAAUCCUUGCAGCAAAUUAGAUGUCCCUUAGUGGAGCUUUCAUGUAUCAUGGUGGCUGGGCACUCGACGUGGCACAAGGAGUCUGUGCAGGGCACCUCCGUGGACCUAGUGAAGCACAGGCUACCGUAUCCUCGUUACAUCCGCAGCCACCUGCCAUGGGACCUCCUGCCGGUCAGCAUUGAGCGCGCUGACGGCUCGGCAAGACCUAAGGUAAGUUGCGUAUUAGAAGAGACAUAUGUAUGUGUUUGAUCGCUAUCUCUGAAAAUG